CGUGAAAAUAAUUCGAAUAAUAAUUCUGAAUAUACUUGGUAAAUAAUUUUCUAAUUUUUGCAUUAAAGUAAAGUUUUUACGUUGGAACAUCGUUAUACGUAAGAUUAUUUAGAUUUCAUAUAACAAUUUACAACUGUAUGACAAUGUAUGUUCCUAUACAUAGACGAUAGAUUACUAUUUGAUUUUUUACUUAUUUUCACAAAACGAUAUAUACAUAUUACAUAUAUUGAUAAUGACUGAACCAAUUCCAUCGUUAGAAAAAUCGAAGAAAAUUAAUGCAAUAAAUAAACAGACAAUUCAUCAAAUUUGUUCUGGUCAGGUAAUACUUGAUCUUGCAACUGCUGUGAAAGAACUUGUAGAAAAUAGCUUAGAUAGUGGUGCUACAUUAAUUGAUAUUAAAUUGAAAGAUUAUGGAAAGACAUGUAUCAGUGUCAGUGAUAAUGGAAGCGGUGUUUUAGAAGAAGAUUUUGAAGGACUAGGAUUAAAGCAUUAUACUUCUAAACUUCGGGAAUUCUCAGAUUUAACAGAAGUGAACACUUUUGGAUUUCGAGGAGAAGCUCUUAGUUCACUUUGUUCAUUAGCUGACUUAAGUAUUAUUACAAAACAUUGUACAAGUAAACAUGGUUUUAAGCUACAAUUUGAUCACAAUGGCAUGCUACAAAAAAAAGAACCAUGUGCAAGAGAAACAGGAACUACUGUGCAUAUAAAAAAUAUAUUUAAGUGUUUUUCUGUUAGAGCAAGAGAAUUUCAAAGAAAUCUUAAGAAGGAAUAUGUUCAUGCUAUUCAAGUACUGUACAGUUAUUGCUUGAUUUCUACUAAUACGAAAAUAACAUGUUUUAAUUGUGUAUCAAACAAAUCUCCUAAUCUUGUAGUUAGUACUACUAGUCCCAGUAAUAUUUUAAACAAUAUAAACCUAAUAUUUGGUAAAAAGUCUUCCACUGGAUUAAUUAAAGUUGAAUUGUCACCUGCUGAUGAGACAACAUUGCAAGAAUAUAAUUUAUCAAAUAAUACAAUUAUGGAUUUUGAAUGGGACUGCUAUAUAAGUAGUUGUGAUCAUGAUAUGGGACGCUCUGCUCCUGACAGACAAUUUUUUUAUGUAAAUGAUCGACCAUGUGAUCUGACAAAAGUCAGUAAAUUAAUAAAUCAAAUUUAUCACAGAUAUAAUAAUAAACAAUAUCCAUUUGUUUUUCUAAAUUUAAAAUUAAAUAAACACUCAACUGAUAUUAAUGUAACUCCAAAUAAAAGAACUAUCUUUUGUACACAAGAACGUUUAAUUUUAGCAACUUUAAAAUAUAAUUUAACAUCUGAAUGGGAGAAAUUACAAGGAAAUUUAACUGUAAAUCCUGUACCAGAAUUAAAUUUUAGUGUAAAAAGAACAAUUUCACCUACAAAUGAAUGUCGACCAACUAAACGAUUUCAUAAUUUAAAUACAUCAAAUAUACAUUCAAAAUAUACAGAAACACAAAAUAUACAAUGUAUUAAUGAAAAUAAAACUAUUCAAUAUGAUAAUGAUAAUGUACAAAAUAACAUAACAAAUCAGGCAAAAAUAAUAGACGACAUAGAAAUGCCAAUUAGCAUUCUAACAAUAAAACAACAACUUCAAAAGAAACAAAAGCUUUUACCCAAAUGCAUAGUUUCAAGUACAAGGAUCAAAUUUAAGGCACAAAUGGAUCAAAAUUCAAAGGCUGAAAAUGAAUUGAAAAGACAAUUAACGAAAAAUUCGUUUUUAGAGAUGGAAAUUAUAGGUCAAUUUAAUCUUGGUUUUAUAAUAACACGUUUGAAAGAAGAUCUUUUCAUUAUUGAUCAACAUGCUACUGAUGAAAAAUAUCGUUUUGAAAAACUUAAUAAUGAAACGCAGUUAAAAACUCAAAAAUUAAUUGUUCCUAAAUUUUUAAAUAUUUCUGCACUUAAUGAAACAAUAUUAAUUGAACAUCAAAAAACGUUUGAAGAUAAUGGUUUCUUUUUCAAAAUAAAUACUGAAGCCGAAUCUGGACAUCGUGUACAACUGACUGGUAUACCAGUUAGUGGUUCUUGGCAGUUUGGACAAGAAGACAUUGAAGAAUUAAUUUUCCUGAUUAGAGAAGGUGGUAUAGAAAACAAAGACAAAAAUAUAUUUCGUCCAAGUCGAGUAAGACAAAUGUUAGCAUCAAGAGCUUGUCGCAAGGCAGUUAUGAUUGGUACUGCUCUUAAUAAUAAUGACAUGCAUAAAUUAGUUAUUCAAAUGGCACAAAUGGAAAAUCCUUGGAGUUGUCCUCAUGGUAGACCAACAAUAAGACAUUUAUUAUCAUUGGAUCUUAUAUCUAAAUAAAUUAUAUUUUUAUGUAUUA